GUAAAUCGUAUCCCGUAAACAACGGAAGCGGGACAUUCUCUGCUUCAAACAACCCACAAAAGUCCAAAUAUUUACAUUUAUACCCUUCAGAAACAUCCCCCCUUCCCUCUUUCACAACUGAAAACAACCACCGAAUCUCCAGUCCAAUGGUUGAUUAAUUGAACAAAAUCACCAUUUUCACUCAUCAAAAUGCUUGCAAAACGGUCAAAUUACACCUUAUUGUCUCCAAUUAGUGGAUACGAAUCAUCGAACUUCAUAAUCGAUCACAAUCUGAUGCAGCAGAAUCGUCAUACGGCGGUUACGACGGCGGUUACGGCGUCGGUUGUUGAGUUUCCGAGACAAUCUAGCGGUAGCAGUUACGCUGAGAGUUCGUUUUCAGGUGCGAUGACCGGUGGCGAUUGCGGUGGUUAUGUUCAGUUGACUGACGGCGGAGGUGACGGUUUUAGCGGCGGAGAUGACGGUUUUAGAGGCGGAGAUGACGGUUUUAGCGGCGGAGAUGACGGUUUUAGUGGUGGAGUGUAUAAAUCGUUGAAAAGCUGGGCGCAACAGACGGAGGAAGGUUAUCAGUUGCAGUUAGCUUUGGCGUUACGGCUUUCGUCGGAAGCUAGUUGUGGUGAUGAUCCUAAUUUGCUGGAGCCUGUGGUGGAUGAAAGUGUAAGAGCUAGGUCAUCUGUGUGUUCUCCGGAAGCUUUGGCGCAUAGAUUUUGGGCAAAUGGCUGCUUAUCUUACUUUGACAAGGUACCGGAUGGAUUCUACUUUAUUCAUGGAAUGUACCCAUACAUAUGGAAUGUAUGCACUAAUCCACAAGAAAGUGGACAAAUUCCAUCACUCGAAUCAUUAAAAUCACUUAAUUCCGGGACCGAAUCUUCAUUAGAAGUUACCGUGAUUGACCGACAUACUGAUCCCAACCUCAGGCAACUUCAGAACCAGAUUCAUAGCAUCUUCAGUAAUAGGGUCACCAGACUCACUACAACUGAGGUUGUCAACCAACUUGCACGACUCGUUUGCCAUCAAAUGGGAGGUGCAGCUUUAAAUGGAGAAAGUGAAUUGGUUCCGUUGUGGAAAACGUGCAGUCAUGAACUCAAGAAGCGUCUAGAAUCAGUCACACUUCCCAUUGGUAGCCUAUCUAUAGGCCUUUGCAGGCACCGCGCUUUAUUAUUUAAAGUCUUAGCUGAUACCAUUAACUUACCAUGUCGAAUAGCCAAAGGUUGCAAAUACUGUAAAAGCGAUGAUGCAUCAUCUUGUCUAGUUCGUGUUGACAUCAAUAAGGAGUUCCUUGUUGAUUUGAUCGGAAACCCCGGUUGUCUCUAUGAGCCCGACUCAUUAAUCAACGGUCCAUGUUCAAUCUCGAUAUUUUCCCCAUUGCAUUUUCCACAUUUUAAAAAUAUCAACUCGACUGUUAGUUUUGAGUCACUUGCCAAACGGUACUUUCGUGACUCGUUAAAUCUGGUGUUUGAAGAUCCAUCCACUGCAUCAUUUGAAGAUUCUGCUUUACAACAUAUGCCAGAAAUUAGACAUACAGAUGACCAAUCACAUGUCGGCUUAUCUAAUCUAAGGGUGGAGAUCGUGCCAGAUAGAAUUCCCCCCGAUGUUGAUGUUUUCGACAUUCCAUGGACCGAUAUGGUUUUGAAAGAGAAAAUCGGAGAAGGUUCUUUCGGUAUUGUUCGUCGUGCUGAUUGGAAUGGAGAAGAUGUUGCUGUAAAGACACUUUCCUUGGAGCAAGAUUUUCAUCCUGGGAGAUUUAACGAGUUCUGGCGUGAGGUUGCAAUAAUGAGACGCUUGCAGCAUCCAAAUAUCGUUCUUUUUAUGGGGAUCGUAACCCAGCCCCCAAAUCUUUCGAUAGUCACCGAAUAUUUACCAAGAGGUAGUUUGUUUAGCCUUUUGCACAAAGCUGGUCCAAAAAGGAUAUUGGACGAGCGGCUUCGGCUGAGGAUGGCUUUCGAUGUGGCAAAAGGAAUGAACUAUCUUCAUAAACGCAAUCCUCCGAUCGUUCACCGCGAUUUGAAAUCUCCCAAUCUUUUAGUCGACAAAAACUAUACCGUGAAGGUAGCUGAUUUUGGCCUAUCGCGUUUAAAAGCAAAUACAUAUCUGUCAUCCAAAUCAGGAGCAGGAACUCCCCAGUGGAUGGCACCCGAAGUCCUAUCAAAUGAGCCAUCAAAUGAGAAAUCAGACGUUUAUAGCUUCGGUGUUAUUUUGUGGGAGCUUGCUACUUUACAAAUGCCUUGGAGUAAUCUAAGUGCUGGUCAGGUUGUGACCGCAGUAGUCUGUCACCACAAAAGGCUAGACAUCCCUCACUAUGUAAAUCGCCAAGUGGCAGCCUUGAUCCAAGCCUGUUGGGCACCUGACCCGUCGAAGCGGCCUUCGUUUUUCAAUAUCAUGAAAUCUUUGGAACCAUUUGAAUGCCAAUGAUGGUAUGCAGAAUGCUUUGGUGUCAAUUGUGCAGAUAUAUAGAUUCUUCUUACUAAUUUUAUUUCAAGCUUUAGAGUGUUAGUUUGAUAAUAUAAUUUUCUUAAGUAUGUAUAAAGCGUUAGUUAUUUAUAAAAUUAGUAACAGAAAACAUUGUAAUAAAUGAACUGUGUAAAUGAUGUUCGUAAUUUUUGGUAAACCACAAAGACCGUUUUGUAAAUUA